AUGGAGUCACAAAGAGGACAACAGACGACUACUGCUGAAAUACUGAUAAAAGCUGGGUGUGAUGUUAACAUCGCUGAUAAAAACGGCGUUACACCUUUAAUGAAAUACGUGGAGAUGGGUAAUCUUGUUUUAGUUAAAGAACUUAUUGACCACGGUGCAUCUGUCAACGCUAAAGAUAACAAAGGAUUAACCCAUGGUAUGGACAUAAACCAGCUGAACUCAUGGAAUGAAACUCCACUGUAUUUAGCAACUAUAUACAGCAAUGAACAGAUGGUGAAGUCGUUAAUUAAAUCACAUUGUGAUGUCAAUAUUACACCCGUCUUACUGGAGUCUAUAAGAAGACGGGAGACGACUAUCGCAGAAAUACUGAUUAAUGCUGCUGGAUGUGAUGUUAACAUCGCUGAUAAAAAUGGUGUAACACCUUUACUGGAGUCAGUAAGAGGAGAACAGACGACUAUCGCUGAAAUACUGAUUAAAGCUGGGUGUGAUGUUAACAGCACUGACAAAGACGGUGCUACACCUUUACUGCGCUGA